GUCGAAACUGCACAAUGACGGGGUUGCGUUGGAGAUGGAGACGGAGUGUGUGACGUGUUGGAGGAAGUGGGGUUCCAUGUGGCGCUGUGUAAGUGUUGGUGACACCUCUCUCGUUGGUUGCGAUGGAACAACGAGCAAAGACGACGACGACGAAGAAGAAGGAGAAGAAGCAGAAAAUGAAGACGAAGAAGAUGAUGAAGAUGGAGUAGCAGCGGUGUUUUUGUGUAGGAUUUGAAGGCAGUUUUGCAUUAAAACCCAAGUUUCUGUUAUUUCUGUUAUAGAGCAGGGAUUUGUGAGGCUUUGUGGGGUGGGGAGUGAGUGGAGGCGAAGAGCAGGGAGGAGGAAUGGCGAAGCGAAGAUUUGAACUGGGUUUGUGGGUGGGUUUGAUAUUGCUGGUGGAUUUUGUUUGUGGGACUGUGGCGCUGGCGAAGUUCGAUGUGAGGCAACAUAUCUCCAGUACCACCAGUUAUGAAGCUGGGAGAAGGAUCGAGUAUGGGAAUGAGAUUGUGAGCUCACCGGAGGGUUGUGUCCCCGUUCAUAUCAAUCUCGUGGCAAGACAUGGAGUACGCAGACCUACCGAGAAGAGGAUCAAGGAGUUGGAAGGUUUUGCAGACAGGCUUCGUGUUUUAUCUGCGGAGGCAGCUAAAAAUCAAAAUGAAACUACGUCCCUACCGCCUGCGUGGAUCAAAGAAUGGAAGUCCCCAUGGUCGGACAAGCAGAUUGGAGGGGAAUUGUUGCCGAAAGGUGAGGAGGAGCUCUAUGACUUGGCGUUGCGUUACAAGUCCAAGUAUCCGGAGAUAUUCUCGGAGCAGUACCACCCCGAUGUAUAUCCAAUAAUUGCUACUCAGGUCGGCAGAUCCUCAGCAAGUUCCGUGGCUUUUGGAAUGGGAAUGUUUGCUGGUCAGGGGACGCUAGGUGCAGGGAAGCAGCGUGCUUUCUCUGUUAUUACUGAAAGCAAGGGGCACGACGUUCAUCUUCGCUUCCACGACACAUGUAUGGCUUACAAGGAAUCAAAGAAAUUGCGGAAGCCCAAAGUAGCUGGUUGGCAAGCGGGAGUAUACGAUCUUGUUGCUAAAUCAGUGCAGGGUCGGUAUAGUUUGGCGGUCAACAACAGUGACGUGGCCACUCUUUGGUUAUUAUGUAAAAAUGAAGCUUCUCUUUUGGAUAUCGUUGAUCAGGCUUGUGGAAUGUUCACAACUGAAGAGAUAGAGUGGCUUGAGUGGGCCGACGACCUAGGGACUCAUCACUUGAAAGGUUAUGGAGAUACGUUGAACUACCGUAUGGGCGUUCCUUUGUUAAAUGACGUGGUGAAAACAAUGGAUCGUGUUAUAGCAGAUGCUCAAUCCAAGAAGACAACGGAGAAAGCCAGGUUGCGUUUUGCGCAUGCAGAGACAGUUAUACCGUUUAGUUGUCUUCUUGGCUUGUUUCUAGAAGGCACUGAUAUAAAGUCGAUUCAAAGUGAAGAACCGUUGAAAGCUCCUCCUAGACCUCCACAUCAGCGCACAUGGCGUGGUGCUCUUGUGACGCCCUUUGCAGCAAACACAGCUUUGGUUCUUCACAAGUGUUCUACGGAUAAUGGGGCUGGAAUGAAAUACUUUGUGCAGGCUUUGCAUAAUGAAAGGCCCGUGAUCAUGCCUGCAUGCAAUGGUACACAUUUCUGCCCAAUUGAAACCUUUAAGGAACAUGUGGUUGCGCCACAUACGAAGCGGAGCUAUGAAUCACUGUGCAAGAUGGAGGUGGUCCACGAGCCAGUUCAUGACACAUUUUUGUCGAAGUUCUUCUACAUUCCGUCGCACUUGUUUCGGUGGCUUUUCCGUUCAGCUCCUGCUCAAGGGGAUUGUCAUACAGAUCUGUAAGCAGAAAUUUUGUCCGAGUUCAGUGCACUUCUACACCAGGACAAACUUUGAUUAUGGAUUAGAAUUUGGUAGCAGACACAAGGUUGUAUUAUCAUCGUGGUGACGUAGAUAUGCAUUCUAUGAUUCUAUUGGUACAAUGUGUAAAUUUUGAUCAAUCAAUUUGCAGUUUGGUAUUUGGUGGGGGUGUGGUUGUGCUAGCUGUUGGUGCUAGUUUUCAUUGAAAAAAUUGCAUCUCCUGCAGUACUUGUUUAUGAAAUCAAA